AUGAGUCAUGUUACGUUCUGAGCUGAGUAACUGCUGGGGCUAUUUUUACUCCAGCUCAGCAAGCUUCCUUCUCGCUGCUGCCGCUGCUGCCACCGCUCGCUGCGGACCCAGGGGCAAAGGAUGGGGACAUGAGUGCGGGAGGCAGCAGCGGCUCUGCUCUGAGGCUUGUCAAGGCUCAGCGCAUACACACACACAUGCACGCAACCCAGAGCAAAAACAUUUGCUCUCACCUGUCUCCAAACCCAAAGCAAACCUCAGGUCCAAGCAAACUGCCAACCCUUCGCACGAGAAGGCACCCAAGCCAGAAUCUAACCUAAGGGGAAGAAAUUAAAUGCGCAGCAGCAACUUUUCGCUAAAAAGCAAGCAGCCGUAAGGAGGAAAAGGAGCAUUUUAAGAAAAUGACAUCUUAAAGAAGAAGAUUUUAUUUUUGGAUUUCACACCAAACUUUGGAACAAAGUUGGUUUUUUAUUAAAUAAUAAUUAUUUUGUGCAUAUUUUUCUAAGAACACUGAGUCAUUCUUACCUGCAUGUAAAAUCUUUUACGUAUAUAUAUAUAUUUUUAAAGGAAGAAAAUCGGGAAGAAAAAUAGCAUGUGGACCACCUAGCAGAAGGCAACAUCGAAGCAUCCCUUGCAGCGAGAGGGACGUAGGCUCUGGAUGCGUAUAAUUUCGAGGGACUGCAUUUUUUUUCCACCGGGUUUAUGAGAUAGCAAGAGAGGCAGGCGAGUCACCGCGAAUUACUUCUGUCUCCCCUCACCACCAGCUCCUCUCCUGAGGGCUCCUGCAACUCUCGCCCCAGCAGCCCGGCUCGGAGGGGACAUGGGAACGCGCGGCGCCCCCCAUGCCUGAGGCCGGGCGGCCGCGGGGCUCUCUGCGGGAAGCGCUUCCCUCCCGGGGCUCGCCGUCCAUGUGCCCGCAGCCGGCGGGGCCUGAAGUCGGCAUGAAUUUCGGCGUGGUCUUCGCGUUCGUCCUCUCCCUGCCCCUGGCCCGUAUGGAGGGGGACCCCAUACCCGAAGACAUUUACGAGAUUUUGGGUGGCAGCUCAGUGCGCUCCAUCAGUGACCUCCAGCGUGCCCUGCGGAUAGACUCCGUAGAGGAGGAUAGCUCGAACCUGGACCUGAAUGCAACUCAGCCCGGUCAAAACCCUGUGGCCCUGUCUCGAGAGCGACGAAGCCUAGAUGCUCUGGCAGCAGCAGAACCAGCUGUCCUGGCAGAGUGCAAGACGCGGGAGGUGGUCUUUGAAAUCUCCCGCAACAUGGUGGACAGCACCAAUGCCAACUUUGUCGUGUGGCCGCCCUGCGUGGAGGUGCAGCGCUGCUCCGGCUGUUGCAACAACCGCAAUGUGCAGUGUCGCCCCACUCAGAUCCGCGUCCGGCACGUCCAGGUGAACAAAAUUGAAUUUGUCCAGAGGAAGCCAAAAUUCAAAAAAGUCGUUGUGCCUUUGGAGGACCAUGUGCAGUGUCGGUGCGAAGCCGUGUCCCGUCAGCCCCCCAGGAGCAGCCGGCCAGGGACACGUGAACAGAGACGUUCGUCACCGUCCUUCACCACAGCCGCUGCGUCACAGAGGCAGCGAGUACGCCGGCCGCCGGCACAGAAGAGGAAACAUAAGAAGUACAAGCAUGUCAACGAUAAGAAAGUGCUGAAAGAAAUCCUCGUAGCAUAGAAGUGCUGGCAGGGGAGAGAGAGCACAAGGCAGGUUUAUUUAAUAUAUUUGCUGUAUUGCCCCCAUGGGGUCCUUGGAGUGAUAACUUUUCCUCUUUGUUCGUCUGCCUCGACGUCUGAUUCAGACAGCAAAUGGUGCUUCCCUUUCCAUCAGUGGACCUUCUCCCACCAAAGCCUCUCCUUUCUUUCAUUUAUUAGCAUAAUUUUAAAGUUUUACACACACACACACAAAAAGAACAAACAUAACCUAUAUAUAUAUAUAUAUAUAUCAGAAAAGAACAAAGUACAAAUAAAACCAUGAACCCCAACAGCCGCAACAUGCAACAAGGACAAUGCCUUCCCUGCUCCAGAGGACAGGAUGGGAAACAUGAAAAGGAAAAUGGGUCUAAUUUCUUCCAAAGAGAGGAGAAAAACAAAUGGACAGAGAGUGGAAGGGGAGUAUUCUCCCUUCCCCUCGUGUUUUUCGUAAGGCUGGGGGGCCCGUCUGAGAUCAACACUUGCACCGGACCUGCAUUUUGAAAACAGGCAUAUCUCAGAUCGCGAGUGGCAACCAGUGAUGGAAAAUGCACUAAGGACUUUUAUCGCCCUACCUGGACAGAUAUAUAUAUUUUUAAUGUGCGUGUGUAUAUUUUAUUUUAAAAAGGAAAAACCAAAACCACUAAGAUAUACAACAUCUCGGGGAACAGAACAACAAGAACAAAAACCCACCACAAAACAAAACAAAGAAGCCAAAUGCAUUCCCCUGCCCCUUUCCCCUCCUGCUCCUGGUGCUGACUGGAAGGUGUUUAGAUCAUGGGGAAGGAGCAGAGGGUGGCAGAAUCGUCUCCACACCCCUGGCCCCUGCCAAGAGGAGCCUCUUUGCACAUGCUGGUGGAGAAUUCAACUUUCCAGGCUCGGACUCUGAUUAUUUUUUAACUUCGCUCUGUAUGUGUGCGCGUGUAUAUCUGUGUAUAUGUGUAUAUAUAUAUACGUGUGCGUGCGUGUGUGUAUGUGUAUUUAUACAUGCAUAUAUAAAUAUAUAUAUAUAUGUUCUUAAA